AUGUUGGAUGCUGGAUGGCUCUGCCACACCUCGGGAAACACGCAGCUUGUAUUCAUCCAUGGUUUCUACUUUUACACUCUGCUUCCUCCACUCGGUUCAUCUCAGCUUUUGCACCUGCUCCACUCGUCACAUGUUUCCCGACCCCUUUAUUGUCUUGGACUCUCCAGUCCGCCCUCCAAUCUCUCCUUUGCAUCCCAUCCCCCUACUCCUACCACUGCUUCUACUUCUGCUCCCGUGCCCACCGUGCCUGCCAGUGGAUCCUCUUCCGCCUCACCUGCCAUUACUGGCGGGCCUCAUCCUACAGUUCAACCUGAUCGACAGUCCAGUUCCGCUGACCCAUUGUCAGCAGGCACCAUUGCAACCCUAUCAGUCGUUUCUGGUGGGCCUGCCUAUACCCAAAUCGCUCAACUGCCUUCAAACAAUAGCGCACCUUCUCUUCCAUCGGUUUCGGUCGUAGCUACCCAGAUGAACGCCCCGAUAACAGGCACUUCAGUCGGGUUUGCUAGCUCAGGCGAGCUGGCUUCCUGGCAAGGAAUGAGUAAAACAACGGAGCCCAGUUUUACUUUCCUCGGGAAAAAGGCUCAACCAUCGGAUUUAUCUUGUUAUGAAGAGGAUACGUUGCAUUUGUGCUAUUCAGAAGCGCCCAUCCGUCAUCCCACCCUCAUGGCCACAGCGUCGGCCGGCAUUACAAGCCUUGGAGCAACCACUGGUACUAUAAUUUCUUCAACGGCUGCUACUGAAGGUGACGUUGAAUCUAGUUCCGGGACCACUAAGCAUUCUUUGAGUAUUGGCGUAGAUUCGGCCUCUAUAUCAACGACAGGCGGAAUCACGGCUAAAUCUAGAUCAACGGGAGCGAUUCCCAUCGAUCCUCAGGCAGCAACCGAUUGCGAGUCUACUGGCGCUUCAACCGUUGAUCCCGCCUCGGCAAUGACGGCACCGACAACACCUUCACGAGACGACCAGUCAGGAUCAGCAGCCUGGGCAUCAACUUGGGCGCAAUUGAAACCUGCUGCGUUUCCUGAUGCCUAUCGACCGAAGAGUAGCCACACACCACCUCAGUGGACAGCUGAUUUUCAGCUUGAAUGGGCUGAGGUUGCUGUCAUGCAACCCAUAUCUACCAGUCACGUCUCACAAGGGGCCCAGUCAUUUGGACAUACAGGUGGUUCCCAGCUCCCCGUAUCAACAGACAAUGAUGCGGCUCAUCUACCGGGUAGCACAACUGAUGCCGACUCAUCUCAGGCUUCUGCUCUUCCUGGUCUGGAUCAUGUCAUGGUUAAAGAACGUCCGGCCGCAAUAAGCUUCACCGGCUGUGAUAUCGCCACCAACAAGGAAAAUUGCAUCAGCGGCAGUGUCGAUAUAAAUAUCAGUUCCGGGCUUAGCGACAACAACUGUUCAGGCAGUAGCAACAAUAUUAAUGGAAGAACCAAAAGUGGCAGUAUGACUCUACCAAUGGCCGGCUAUGACAGGUCUUGUCUUAAGAGCACGCAUGUAAUGCGGCCCAGUAUACCACUAAAUGUCAGUGACGCGUGUAGCAACAUUACUAGUAGCCAGCCCUUGCUUGUGCCCGCUUCUAUAAACAACAAGGCUUCAAAUGACGCAAGUCUUGGUGGCUAUGAUGAACCAGGUGGCAUUGGUAAUGCGCCCUACGAAAAUGAUGCUAAUGAAGAUGGCAAUGAUGGGACAGAUGUUAAUGGGGGUGUUGGCAGUAAUGGUGGUGCUGCAGUUAGUAAUAGUGGUAGCUUUGCGCCAAGCCUUUCGGAAUGGUGGCCGUCAGAGAGACAAGGGACGAGUGUUGAUAGGACACAGCCGUUGAACUCACCACUUGACAAUGGUAGCAGUGAAAGGUGUUGGUGUCAAGAGGCUGGGCCGGCAAAGGUGGUGAGCCCACUUACCAGUGCAAAUGUGGCAUCACGCUUCGGUAUCGUAGAUCGUAGUCCUUUUCAAGAAACCGAUGGCGUUCUCUGGAAGAGCUGUAUUUGCGAUCUUGAGGAGCUGUUUUCUGGUGGCAAUCGAGUUGAAUGGGGUCACUGCUUAUACAAUGCUAACUAUCAUCCGAUUUGUGGUUUCGCCUUCGAGCUCCAGUGGCUCGUCGCCACAGGUGGUCGUGUUGGUGAACUGGUAAUUUAA